UAUUUGUAGGCCACUCGUAACUGUUGUAUUUUCUUUUUCAGCUUUGGUGAAAGCCUUUGUGUCAUAUUUAGCUACAGUUGGAUUAAAGAAGCCUGAAUCUUGAUGUAUUUGUGGGAACUUAAAAUGUUCUAUUUGUCGGGCUAUAUAGUUCUAGCAGUAUCUUUACUCUGCAGUUUGGAACACGUUACUGGGAAAUGCAUUCCGUCCAAGUGUGUUGAUCCAAACACAUGCAGCUUAUCUGAUGAUGGCCUGAGCUGUAAAUGUGCAGCGGGUUAUUUUGGAGACCAGUGUGACCAAGCUGUACUGAUGAAUGUCGUGUGUGGAAAAGAUUCAAUCACAAUCUCUGUGAUUGAAGAUUUCUUCAAAUAUUUCAACAUUGGCAUUAGGUCUGUUCACUUGACAAACCCUGAGUGUCGUGCCAGAAAGGAGGUGAUUGCUGGUGUUACAUUUUUCACAGUGCGAACACCAAAGGACAAGUAUACUUUCUGUGGUGGCCAACCUGUUGAGAAAAACAUUACCCAUGUGAUCUACUCCCUGACAUUGAUGUCGGAGCUGCAAGUUUACAGGAACAUUGUAAGAGACUCUGCCAUAAAGAUUGAGUACAAGUGCGUCUACCCGUUCAUCCGCACGGUCAGCCUGGCUUAUCCUGUCCUCCCUGUGACAAGUGAAGCGGUGUUGCGGAUGGAUGAGCUGGAUGCAACAGUGGAACUGAGUGUGUAUAGGGAUGAGCGGUAUGUGGAUGUCUAUGGAGGCGUACCCACUGUUCACUUCAGGGAGAGAGUGUUCGUGCAGGUCAGUGUGACUCGGCCGAGGGAUUUCUUCAACUUGAGGGUGGAUGAGUGCUGGGCAACACAGACUGCAAAUCCCAAUGACACGUCAAGCCUCUCGCACACACUCCUUCUGGACGGGUGUGCUGACGAUGAAACGGUCUCAUUUAUAACGAAAUCCAUUACAUACCGAAAUGGUACCAUGGCACAAGGGGGACAAAACGGCGUGAGCUCAACUGUGCGUUUCUCCUUUGAAAUGUUUCGUUUCAUUGUCGAGCCCCAUGAGCUUUAUUUACACUGCAUAGUUCACCUCUGUACCCAAGGGCAUGGAGAGGCUUGUGUACCUGAAUGUAAAUCCAUUGUGAAGAGAGAUGCUCCAUCAAUGGAACCCCUUGAAGGUCUUGUGUCUUAUGGCCCAAUUAGGCUUGUAGAGCCUGAGCAGCCCAAGAUGAAUAUGCUUUUUACCCUGAUGCUGCCCAUGGCUGUGGUCUGGAUCGUGGCACUCUUUGUCCUCAUCUUGAUCUACAUUGCCAAGGCAGGGAACAGACACAUGGUCUCUGACUGUCCAUCGUAAUGUAACUGCACUGAAACCUUUUAUUUUAUUUAUUUUUACUUUCAAAAUAUGUUUACACUGGCUUGACUUGUAAACUUAUUGAACUAAAGAUGGUUGUGACCUAC